AUGAAUCAAAUAUGCACACUAAGAGGACAUCUUAAUUCCAUCAGUUGUAUUGCACAAUUCAACGACAGUAUCGUCACUGGUGAUGAUAAUGGGUGGAUAAUAUGGUGGAAUUUGAAUAGGCGGUGUCCUUUAGGAGUUUGGAAAGGUCAUGACAUGGUUAUACUAACAAUCAAACAAAUAGAUGAUAAUUAUAUCUUAACCCAGUCGAAAGAUUCAGAAAUCAGGAUAUGGAAGUUGGAAGGAGGCUUGAAAUCUGACUUACCUGACUUGAAGUUUAAUGAUAUCAAAUACAAUGAUGAUUUAACCGAAUUGCUCGAAAAAUAUCCCAUGCCUGAGUAUAAUUCCAUACCCAUAAAUUCAUUAAAUUAUUGUAAUGUGGAUUAUUUGAAUGGGGUUUUGAUAACUCCUGCUACCACAGACUCAAAUAAUUUUGAUAUUUACCGAGUAAGCCAUCAAGAUUUCGGUUUGGAAAGAUUGGUCAAGAAUUUCAAUCCUCAUGAAUUAUACCUAAAAUCAAAUAACAUCAUUGAAGAGAUAGGAAAUGAUAAGAGAGAUGGUUUCGGUAUAAUGAUGAAAAUCAAAUUCAUAAAUGACAAUUAUUUCUAUAUAGGUUUUGAAUCAGGGCAUGUUCUAGGAUUUACCAUAAAUUAUCCAUCAGCUAUUGAAUCAGCCAAACAAUCGAACAAAGUUUCAGAGAAAUUGAUUAUAAAUAGGGAACCCAAAAUCACCAUCGAUUAUGUUAAUGAAUUCCAUGUACCAAACCCAAUCAUAUCCAUGGAAAGUUUUGAAGAUGGAAUUAUCGUAGGAGCCACUCAAAAAUACGUUUCAUUGCACCCACUGGGUAAAACAAUUAAUGUCAAGAACAACGGGAUUCAAUCGAUUGUCAUCAAAGACAAAGCAUACAUUGGUUUCUGGAAUGGAACAGUUAAAGUAUACGACGACCAAUUCAUACAGAUCCAUAAAUUCGAACGAUCACUACCAAAUUUGCAUAAUGUCACUACCAAUAUCAAUUCCAAUGAAUUAGAGGUAUCGACUAUAAAAUUAUCAACAUUACAACUAUUCCAACCAACUCCGAAAAAUACCACGUCAAGUAAAUCAUUGGUAUUAAACAAAAGAAUGGGAUCGAAUCAAUUAUUAAUCAUUGGCUAUAAUGAUGGAAAAUUGUUAGUGUUUUCAUAA